UGCUGUGUAACGAGUUUAUGCGGAACUGCUGACAUUAACGCGAAUGAAAACAUUGUUGGAGUUGCAGAUAGGCUAACCGAAAACUACUGGCACAGCUGCACGGGAAGUAGCUGACACUUUGUAUUUCAUUUUUACUCUUAUUUUCUUUUUUUCUCAUUGAGUUUUGGCUUACGAAGUCUCCGUCAUGGACUCGCUGUGGCUUCCCUGCAUCGUAGUGAGCGCCUGCGCUUGGCUCUCCUCAGCCGAGAGACACAGCGUUUUCUGGAAUAGCUCAAACCCAAAGUUCCAGUGGAACAAUUACGCUGUGGAGGUGCGCCUGAAUGAUUAUCUGGACAUUGUCUGCCCCCACUACCCACUUGGCGAGGUGCUGUCACAAGAUGCUGAGCGUUAUGUGCUGUACAUGGUGGAGCGUGAGGAUUAUGAGGCCUGCCGGCCACAGUCCUAUGACCAGAUGCGCUGGGAGUGUGGCCACCCCUUUGCUCCGCAUGCACCUGAGAAAUUCUCAGAGAAGUUCCAACGUUUCACACCUUUUACCCUGGGCAAAGAGUUCCGCCAGGGAGAGAGCUACUACUACAUCUCUAAACCACUGCACCACCAUGGACAGGAGUGUCUGAGGCUGAGGGUGGACGUGGUUGCUAAUGAUGGAUCCCAAGAGGCUAGGGUUGGACCAGGCAAAGGAACCAAGACUGGAAGUGGAGGAGGAGCUCAUACUACCUCCAACAGGUUACCAGCAGAUGAUCCAGUGGUCCUGCCCGAGGUCCAGAAAAGUGUGCGAACAAACUCAGCGGUCACAACAGCGUCCUUGACCAUCCUCACAACACUGCUGCCUGUAUUAUUAUUGCUGGUCCUGCAGUAAGAACAUUUAAAGGACUACACACCCCAAUAGACUUGUCUCUAAGACUACAACGACGGUGGCCUGUGUCAACCAAAAACACACAGGAGGAGUUCUCAAAAAGCCCAGUGCUGGCCACUAGGGAAAGCAAAACGGAAGCACUCCAAAGCUAUUCAGCCUAAACUGAGAGAGUUUACUGGAUCUAAGAGGGCUUGUUAACCCUCUUACCUUUCUACAAUCCUGGGGAAAAGGGUUUUUUGUUUUUGUCUGCAAGGAUGCUUUUCGUGAAGGAAAAAAAAAACUUUUCUCAGACAUUACCCAAGUGUAACUUUUGGACAAACCCAAAUCUUUGUGCUCAGUUCUUGGAGGAGCAGUGAGCUGAGGAACAGCAGAGGAGUUCAGGAGUUUUGUCCAGAGACAACUUUAGUGUAGUAGAUACUAGGUCGACGAUCUCAUGAGCCAAAGACCACUGAGCUUCUCUCUAAAGUGUACAAUGAUCAAACCUUUUGUUAUUGUCUAUUGUGUUAUUCCAGUGGGAUUUUUCAUGUAGCAACAGAGAAGCAGGGUCUGUUUUUUUGUUUUUUGUUUUUUUUCAGAUCAACUGGACUGGAGUGUUCAUUAUCAGAACUAAAUCAAUUGCCACAAGACACACAUGCUGACACUGCAGACACACACACACACACACACACACACACACAGUCUAGCACACUCCACUCACCAACACACCCCGUCUCGCUUUUGUACAUGUUUUGUUUAAAACGUUAAUAAGUUAUGAAGUGUGUUGCGGAACAAAUUGCUGUAUAUAAUGAACAAAAGAUGAAAAAUGUUUACUGUGUGAAACAGAAGGAGGUAGAAAGGAGUGAAUGAGAGUUUUCCUGAGAGAGUGAACGAGCGUGUGUAUGUGAGAGAAGGAGAGCAAGAGGGAAAAGGAAGAAUUCAUGUUAAUCAGCCAAAUAGACACAGUAUUCCCAGAUUGUACAUUAGAGGAGGAGCAUGAUGAGGCCAGAUGUUAUCUCAUAAAGAGAACGUAUGGGGACAACUUGAGAAAUUUUGGGCUAAAUCUGGGUGGAAACAGGCUUAUUAGGGUUAGAACAACUUUGUGAAGGCAGAGCUCAAAACAGGAUGAUGGUGCGCUUGUCAACAUUGUCCAGUGGACAGCAAGCCUGUCAUUAGCCCAUGGAUGUAAUGUAAAUUAGCGUGGCUGAAAAGUCCAGUUGAGCAUGUUGAUGUGUGCUGUGUGAGCAGAAAACACAUUACAUGUGGUAAAAAAAGUCACAUAUUGUAAGGCAAAGAUGAUGAUAGCAUUUUGCCAGCUAGUUUGUUUUGCUUGUGUGCUCCAGAGCACAGACUACAGGAGUUUGGGCAAAUUUUAGAGCAUACUAAAGCUUAUUUGGGUGAACAUUUUAAUCCAUAUCCAAAAACAGUCCAACCCAACACGCAAUUGCAUUUUGAGUAAAACCAGAAACUGACCCAAACCGGCCCAUCAUCACCCAAAAAUCCCCCAAAAAAAGAUGUUUCUAAUGAUAAUGCUGGUUAAAAUACAAUGUAAUGAGAACAGCAGCUGCCUUUAGGUCUUAGACAAAUGAAAAAAAAUACAAAUUUAUUAAUCGAGCAGUGUUUUUGAGCAACAUUUCGAACACUUUUUUAGUCUGACCUUUCAAUAAACCGCAGUUCUCACUUUGAGCUGCUCAAUUCUGUCAGCAACGCAAGUGGCUGACUCCAGCAUACCAGAUUAAAAACAGUUGUAAGGUAAUGAAAGUAGGAAAGAAGAAUAAGGUAAGGAGUAAAAUUUAAGCUGGGGGUGAAAUCUCUUAAAAGAAGGCUGAGAGCCCAAAUGUAAAAUUUGAACCAAGCUGAGCCCACCAUAUUUUUUAGAAAAGAAGAUGUGAGCAGUCGGGUCCCGAUAGGUUUGGACAGAUAUAUUAAGCUUUUGGGUUUACUCAUAGUCUUAGUGGUGAAAUCAGAGUCUAGCACCAGAAGUUAAGUUGUCCCCAGGAGUGUAUUCUCAUUACGAAAUCACGUCUGGCCCUGUGAGACUGGUGGUACGCUGGCCUGCCAAGUUUGGCUAACAUUUAAAGUGAACCAAAAC